CCUUUAUUCCUUCAAUUAUUUCUCCAACAAGCAUUCCUAAUUUCACUAUGACCUCUUCAUAAAAAAUGUUCCAUUAUGAGUGUAGAUCACCCUGGCAAAAUUUUAGAAUUUUUGGUAUAGUGGUUGGGCCGAAAACGCUGCUGGACCUCUUACAGGUCCAAUUUUGCUUCUGCAAAAGAUUGGACUGAUUGUUUGAAGGCCUUCCACUCAAAAACAUCUCUGGCACUCUUCAUAAGAAAUGAUCCUUGGGCUGUCUAGAAUGGAUCUGGAAAGUUUCAGCACAUUUCGAUUUCAUUUGGUUAGUCUGUCACCCCUCAUUCCUUGUCUAGCUCGGUUUUUUCCUAGCCGAAGUAGGAAAAUAUGCUAAAGUUGACUUGUCAUACUUCCAUAGUAGGCUUUAUUUAGCCUCUAAAUAUAUAUUUCGAGCUUGUCGACAAUAUAUAGCUUGAGCCACUGACAUUGGCUCAAUUUCUCCAAGACACGCCUUGUCAGGCCAAAAUGUUCAUUUUGGGUCCAAACAGACUCAACGAAUCAUUUAUAGGAACAACUUUCCCCAUCACUCCAACAACAAAAUGAAUUUCUUAAUCAGCCCAUUUUAGCGCGAAAUUACAAUUUUGAGCUCAGUUCAAUGAUAAAAUUACGCCAGUCCUCCCUCCCUCCCUCCCUGAAGCAACCUUUUCUGCCUCGUCACCUACGAGCCCAAGACAAUGACAACCCUCUUUGUCGUCGAAAUCUCGUUGCCCCAACCCAAAAUGAUGAUGUCGAAGAUUCCCACAGGCAUCAUCACCGCCUUUUAUACCUAGUCACUCGAGCCCAGCUCACUCUACCUCUGCUCCUCUCUCUCCUUCUUCGGCCACCUAACCAAGAUUGAGCACGUGCUCAAAUUGUCCUUCGCGUCCUCCACCUCUUCCACUGUCGUGGUUGAUAUUCUCAGGGCGUAUAUGCAUAUCAUUAAUGUCGCUCCAUAUAUGCAUAUUUUCAUUUAGGCGUUUCUUAUCUUUGGAAGAACCAAAACAUGGAAGAAAGUAACACAUGACAGAUCUCUCUUCGUCUCUCUAAAAGAUUAUGUCUUUUUGUAACUUGGUUUCUAGGAUUUUAAAGCAACCAAGGCAUCUUUGCUCUGAGAGAGAGAGAGAGAGAGAGCCAUUGGGUUUGGUAAGAAAGAACUUAGGGAUUGUUGGUCCACUACUUGCUUGAGGAAUCGAAAUGUUGAAGCCCUAGUGGACUUGUGAAAUGGUUAAGCGAAUUUACAUCUGGGAUGUGGGAUUUGGAUAAGAAAGUGGAUUUUUCAUGUAGGAAGAGCAGCAGAUUAGAAGAGGCUAUGAGAUGAAAUGAGAGAGGAGUUUGGUGUGGGAUUUGGUUGAGUGUUCAAAAAGACCAGUUUAGCUAAUAAUGGCAUUAGGGUUAACCGGGUUAGUGACGAUAGGUACAUAUAGUGGGUCAAGAUAGUAACGUCAAGUACCAAUAUCAUAGUUUUGAAAAUCCAUGUAUUGAAAUUCAUAGUGGGCCUAUUUAAGGUACUGUUCUCAAAAUUUUCCCUAACGGUGUGUUUGGUUGAGAAAAUUAGAAAAUCCAUAGGAAUUUAUAGAUAACGAAAUCUACAAUUUCAUGAAUUAAAAUUUCAUUAGUUGCAAUUUGUAAUGUUUUUCUUUUUGUUUUUUAAGAUAAAAAUGUGGAUUUCAUUAAAGACAUGCCAACAUGGUCAUUACAUAUCCUUUCGCUGCCUUCUAACUAGAUAGAUCAAGAAGUUGUAGUAGGAGAACCACUACUAUGAUACAUUAUAUUCAAAAAACCUAUGACUAUGGAGACACUAAGAUAUAGUACAUGGCCUAGAACCACACGAACCUAGUCUAGGAGGUUUUGCCCAGCACUAGGAAGCAAUUGUCCAUUGAUAGAUUUGGCCUAACAGAAGCCCGUAGCUGCCCAAACUCCUGACGACCCGAAUUGCCUUGGAUGCCUCAUUAAUGAAGAGCCCAAGCCCAUCUCUUCUUUCAUGUUUAUUCUCUAGCCCACAACAGCAAGUAGGCCCUAGCCCCUAUAGAUACUUGGCCUAAACCCAAUAGUUGUUAACCAGCGGCUAUAACACCACCGCCGCAAUAGCCCACGACACCUUUUUCAUGCUAAAACUCGCAACCAACCAAGCAACAGCUGUCAUGGAGAACAUAGAGGGUCUGGCCUACUGCCGCCUCCUCCAUUGAAGUCAUUGAAAGCUGGGCUCGGAUUAAAGCUCAAAAUCAGCCUAGCCACAUUACCUAUCGCAUUGAUUUGGAUACCCUGUUCCAACUACGCUCCAGCAUAAACUUCGGCAGUAUUCGCAGUUCUGCCAAGACCAGACCAGCAUUGACGAAGCGUGGUGAUGGUCCACAAACUCUACAGUGCGGCUUCGUGCAGCUAUGCCUCUGGACGAAGUUCCCUUCAGCCUGACUGCAAAACCCUCGCCGCCAUGGUUCAGACCACCGCCGCCUUGAUUGAGAACACCAAGCCUAUUCAUUGUAAACCAUAGUGCAAUAAGCUGAAAUCGGCAUUCAAAAUUAUGUGCAGGGAUCUGAAAAUCGAGCUGCCACUAAUCAAGCCACCACCACGCAGGCACGGAACCAGGAAUUAAAUUUGAGUCAUGGAGUGUCUCACUGCAAUUGGUACCGGAAUUAUUGGAAAAAUUGCUGAGUUUACAGUUGCACCAGUUGGACGCCAGGUGGGUUAUGUAUUCCACUACAACAGGAACCUUAGUAAACUACAGAAUCAAGUUGCCGACUUAGAAGCUGCAAGAGAAAGUUUGGAGCACAAGAUUGUUGAAGAAGAAAGAGCAGGAAGAAUAGUACUGGAAACUUUUGUAACCAAUUGGUUGACAGAUGUGAAUAGGAUCAUUGGAGUGGCCAAAGAUUUCUUAAAAGAUGAACAUCAAGCAAAGAUCAAGUGUAUGCAUGGAUUUUGUCCUAACCUAAUGGCUCGUCAUCAUCUAAGCAGGAAAUCAACAAAACUGGUUCAAGAUGUUUCUUAUCUCUAUGGGAAAAAGGACUUUUCCAAUAUUGCAUACGAUGUUACACCGGAAGAUGUAUGUGUAUUUUCUACCAAAGAUUAUCAAGCCUUUGAUUCAAGGACUUCAGUUGCUAAGCAGAUCAUGGAUGAGCUAAGAAGUUCUUCUACGGCUAUGAUUGGGGUGUAUGGUAUUGGGGGUGUGGGGAAGACAACACUAGUCAAAGAAGUUUACAGGCAAGCCACAAAUGAUAAAACAUUAUUUGAUGAUGUGGUUAUGGUAUUGGAUGUAAAUAAGCAUAAUCCAAGCAUCAAAAGAAUUCAAAGUGAAAUUGCUGAGAAGUUAGGUCUCAAAUUUCAUGAAAUUGGAACUCCAGCUGGAAGAGCGCGUCAUCUAUGUAAUCGAAUAAAAGACAAGAAAACUCUUGUCAUUUUAGAUGACGUUUGGGAAAACAUUGAUUUGGAGACUGUGGGUCUUCCUCACUUGGCAACUCUUAGGAUACUCUUAACAUCUAGAAGUAAAAUAGUAUUAUCUUCUAACAUGGGUACACAAAAAGUGUUUCAUCUCCAGGUUUUAGACAGAGAAGAAUCUUGGAGUUUAUUCCAACAAAUGGUCGGUGAUAUCGUUAAUAAACCUGAUAUUGAAAUUGUAGCACCACAAGUAGCUGAGAAAUGUGGAGGUUUGCCACUUUUAAUUGUCACUGUUGCAAGAGCUCUGAAAGAUAGUCCAUUGUAUGCGUGGAAAGAUACUUUGAGACGCUUAGAAAGGUUGGAUGGACAAGGAUUGACAAAGAAAACAUACUCUGCUAUUCAGUGGAGUUACGAUAAAUUGGAUAAUGACGAGCUUAAGUUGGUAUUCUUGCUCUGUGCAGCUGUAGUUGGGAGUAGUAACACUGUUGAUUUCCUUGAUUUGUUGAAAUAUAGUAUGGGCUUGGGUUACAUUAAAAAUGUGGAUGCAAUGGAUGAAGCACGAGAUGCAUUGCGUUCACUGCUUGGAAAACUCAAAGAUUUUUGUCUAUUGCUUGACUGUGGUCAUAGUCAACAUGUCAGUAUGCAUGAUCUUGUAAAAGAUGUUGCUAAACGAAUUGCUGCUGGCAGAGAUCAACACAUGUUUUCAUUAUCUCAUGGAAGUGAGUUGAAAGAAUGGCCAGACAAGGAUUUCUGUUCAAAGUGCACUAUUAUCUGUCUCAAGAAAUGCAAAAUCCCCAAACUCCCAGAGGUUUUACAAUGCCAAGAACUUACAAUGUUUCAUCUAGACAGUACUACAGACGAUUCCUCCCGAGCAAUCCCAUGCAACUUUUUUGAAGAGAUGAAGAAACUCAGAGUGUUGGACUUAACUGGUCUGAGUAUCCCAUCACUACCUCCAUCUAUUCAAUUUCUAAAAAGUCUUCGGACGUUGUGUUUGGAUCAAUGCACAUUGGGAGAUGUAACUAUGAUCGGACAGCUACAAAACUUGGAAAUUCUCAGUUUUUUAAUGUCCAAAUUCAAAGAGUUGCCCAAAGAUAUAGGGCAAUUGACUCGUCUGCGAUUGUUGGAUUUGACCGACUGCUCUCAACUCGAAGUGAUCUCACCUAAUGUUCUAUCAAGCUUGAAAAGAUUAGAGCACUUGAGAAUGAGAAAUAGUUUUAACCGUUGGGAGGCUGUAGGAGUCAUGACUCCAGAAAGAAGUAAUGCAAACCUUGAAGAGCUCAAGCACUUGCCUCACCUAACCGAAUUACAACUACAUAUCCCAAAUGCUAACAUUCUUCCACCAGAUUUGUUCACUGGUUCCAAGUUAGAGAGAUUCCAAAUAUGUAUUGGUUCUGUGUGGAAAUGGGAUGAUGUGGAUGAAGCCAUCAAUGCACUAAAGGUCCAGCUCACUGCCAGCAAUCAAUUUGACCAAGGUCUCAAAAUGUUGCUAAAGAGAACUGAAGACUUGUACUUGGAGGGAAUGGAGGGUGUUUAUCGCAGUAUUGUAUAUCAACUAGGUGCUGAAGGUUUUCACAAACUGAAGCAUCUCCAUGUCCAAAACAAUGUUGAGUUUAUCAACUUUAUCAUAAACGGGAAGGUUCGGUAUCCCAACUUAACAUGGUUGGCCGUGAAUGAACUCAAUGGUUUAAGAUUCUUGUUAUCAACUUCAAUGGCUAGAAGCCUUGCACAACUCAAACAUCUGCAAGUAUCAGGAUGUCAAACAAUGGAAGAGAUAGUAUCAGUACAAGAAUCUGAUGAGGAAAUUGUACACAACUUAUUUGGCCAGCUACAAGAUCUGGAGCUAAAGGACCUUCCAAAUCUCACUAAAUUCUGCUCAAGAAAUUAUACUGAACUUUCAAAUCCAUCCUCUGGGAAAUUGCAAUUAGUGGAUUGUAAUAAAACAAAUACAACUUUUGAAGAAAUUGAAGAGACAGACUCAACUAGAAACCUUGACAUUGUGAUACAACACUUUCUUUUUGACAAUAAGGGCGAGUUUACAAACUUGAAGAAGUUAUCCAUUCAUGGCCUAGCAAAGUUGACAAGAAUAUGGAACAAUCAACUUGCCCUAGAGAGUUCAAAAAAUCUAGAGACAAUAGAAAUUGUUUCAUGUGACAGUUUGAAAAGUAUUUUUCCAGGCUUAAUGGCCAGAAGUCUUCAACAGUUGAGGAGCCUAAGAGUGCAAAAUUGUGGGGUAGAGGAAAUCGUGUCGAAAGAAGACGGUGUACAAACAACACCUAUGUUUGUUUUUUCAAAACUAACACAAGUGAGAUUUGAAAGUUUGCCCCAACUUAGGAAUUUCUAUCCAGGAUUGCAUUCUUCGAAGUGGCCGUCACUCGUGGCUUUGGAGGUGUAUGAUUGUAUUAAGGUGCAUAUAUUUGCGGAGGGCAGGCGUGAGUUGAACAAUCUGUGCACUCCAAAUAAACAAUCUUUGUUUUUACUUGAGAAGGAUUCGUUCCCCAAUUUGGAAAUGUUAGGCAUGGCCGUAAUGGAGAAUUGGGAUAGUCCGCCACUCCACUUGUUUAGGAAGCUCGAAUUUCUUUGUAUUUCUGCACGCACCGACUCAUCGUUGAAUUCCCUUGAGAAAUUACUUGGUCUUGAAAAAGUCAAAGGAGAAAUACAUGCAGUUGGGGAUGGGACCCUCCCACAUUUAAGGGUGUUGCACCUUCACGGGAUGCGGAAGCUGAUGAAUCUUGGGGAGGAUAGCUUCGGACCAGCAUGCCCAUAUUUUCCAAAUCUGGAAAUUCUGGAGCUAGAGGACUGUGACAGUUUAAAGACUUUAAGAUCAUCCGCAAUAUCCUUCGAGAAUCUAACAACUUUGCAAGUAAGUCGUUGUAAGGGAUUGAAAUACUUGAUAUCUUUCUCCAUGGCCAAAAUUUUGAUGCAACUCACAAAAUUGGAAGUCCAGGAUUGUGAGGAAAUGAUAGAAAUAGUGGGGAGCAAUGAAAAUGAUGAUUCAGAAAAUGAGAUUGAAUUCAGGGUGUUGAAACAUUUGGAACUUUCUGCUCUACCAAGUUUGAGAGGCUUUUGCUCUGCGACUCGCAUUGCCAAAUUCCCAUCCUUGGAAAAAUUAUCCAUGAGUUGUACUCAACUGGAGACGUUCAUCUUUGAUUCUAUGGGUAAAAAUAAUACAAUUGGCAAGGACAUCAAAGACACCGACUCAAGCGAAAACCACGAGACUGAAGUAGUGCAACAUUUUCUUUUUGACAAUAAGGUUGAAUUUCCGAGGUUGAAGAGUUUGUUUCUCAAGGAUCUAACAAAGUUGACCACAAUAUGGCACGGUCAACUUUCUCUAAACUCUUUUAGCAGUCUAAAAGACCUUGAAGUACAUGAAUGUGGAAAUCUAAUAAAUAUCUUUGUGUCCAGUACUGUGGGAAGAUUGAAUGCCCUUGAAACCUUAUUGAUAGAAGAGUGUAAGUCGGUACAAGUUGUAUUUGAACUUGGAGGAAUUGAUGUUAUAGAAGAACAGGACACAUCAGCAGUCACUCGGUCGAAACCUUUUGACUGUAGAAAUCUAAAGUCGGUAGAAAUUAAUUCUUGUGAGAGUCUAAAAAACAUUUUCCCAGCUUCGGUUGCUAGAAAUCUUCAACAGUUACAGAGGCUGUCACUGAGGGGCUGUGGAGUGGAGGAAAUCAUUGCAUACGAAGGGGAAGCACAAACAACACCGAAGUUUGUUUUCUCAAAAGUCACAUUUGUGUGUUUUGGAGAACUGUCCCAACUUAGGAGUUUCUAUCCUGCCAUGCAUGCGUCUAAUUGGCCAGCACUUCAAAAGUUGGUGGUUGUUCGAUGUCACAAAUUGGAGAUCUUCUCUGGGGCACUUUCAAGCUUUCAAGGGAAAUAUGAAUCAAACCCGUCCACUCCAAUUAAACAAACUCUCUUUUCAAUUGAGAAGGAUUCAUUUCCCAACUUGGAAGACUUGACUUUAUGCAGCAUGGAGAUUUGGAAUGGUCCACUUCCGGUCCACUUCUUUAGAAAGCUAAAAUCUCUUACGGUUUGUUGUCCACAGUCCAAGUCGGUUGUUUUCCUUGACAAAUUACUCGAUGAAGGAAGCUCUAGUACUAGGCAAAGAGAGGAUGCAGUUGAGAUUGGGACCCUCCCACGUUUAAAAAAGUUGCAUCUUCGUUUAAUGCCCAACCUGAUGCAUCUUGGCGAGGAUAACUCACAAUCAGCCCCCCGCCCAAAUUUUCCAAAUCUCGAAAUUCUACUGCUGAGUGCUUGUGCCAGCUUACAGAAUCUAACAUCAUCCGCAAUAUCCUUUAAGAAUCUGACAACUUUGGAUGUACGUCUUUGCAAGGGAUUGAAAUACUUGCUAACUUACUCCGUCGCCAAAGGUUUAGUACAGCUCACAAAACUGGAAAUUAAGGAUUGUAGGAGACUUGUUAGUAUAGUGGGAAGCACCGAAGAAGACGAUUCUGGAAAUAGUGAUGAGAUUAUAUUCAGGCGGUUGAAACAUUUGAAACUUUCUAUUCUGCCAAGACUGCAAGGCUUUUGCUCCGGAAAUUGCAUUGCUAAAUUCCCGUCCUUGGAAACUUCAAGCAUGAGCAACCGCCUCAAAUUGAAGAUUUUCCCACCUCAUGACCAAACGCUACAGCUAAGUGAGCUAACCAACGAAGAGGAAGACACAGAUGUUGAUUUAUGGGAGUGGCUGCUGCCUAUUGACGAUGAAAUGAGCUCGGCAAGUACUGAUUGAUAUGUUACAUUUCACUAUUCUCCUGCUCGCCGCAAUUGCUCCUCUUUUCUGCUCUGACACAAGUGGAAGAUUGUUCACCAGAUUGUGCAUUCGUGGUGUUAUAAACUUAUGGCGUGUGCUAUGCGCACCAAGUGUUUGCGAAAAUGCUUGUAUGAUUAUUUGUGUGGUGAUUUUGUUGCAUUUCAAUUCUUAUGCUUUUAUUGAUUUAUGUGUGCAAGUGUUGCUUUCUUUCUCCGUAGCAAUAAAGGAGGAAAAAAAAAAACCGCACCAAAAAAAACAGAGUGAUCCUUAUUGGAGCUCUUGUCAUUGGUGUGUAACAUUUGGUCCUGCUGGUUCCAAUCGAGAGCUCUGUAGCUUAAUAUGUUGUGCACCGAAGUGUGCACACCAAGUGUUCGUGAAAUUGGUUGUUCUGCGACCUUUGGUACUGGUGGGGCUUUGUUCUAGUUUCAAUCGACAGCUCUGCAGCUUCUUUUUGGUUUUUCUCUCAGCUUAAUAUGUUGUGCACACCAAGUGUUUGUGAAGAUGGUUGUAUGAACAUUUUACUGCAUUUCAAUUCUUAAGCUUGUGUGGACUGAUUUGUAUGUAGUAUUUACUUUCUGCUUAAGAAAAAACCAGUGUGGUUCUUGUUGGACCUCUCCCGAAUGUUUACAGGCCUUUGCUGCUGCUGCUGCUUUAAUCUGGUUCAAUUCACAGCACUCUUC